GGCGGAAGCAGGAAGCGGCGGCGCGGCCCGGCCCGGCCCCCCCGCGGCCCGCCUCCAUCGCGGGCGGGAGGAGCCCGGAGCCGGGCGGCGGAGCGGGGCGGCCGCCGGGGGAUUUGUGAGCGGAGGCCAUGGAGCUCUCGGCCAACGAGCUCAGCAUUUAUGACAAGCUCUCAGAGACAAUCGACCUGGUGAGGCAGACAGGCCACCAGUGUGGGAUGUCAGAAAAAGCCAUUGAGAGGUUCAUCAAGCAGCUCUUGGAAAGAAAUGAACCCCAAAGGGGACCUCCACGCUACCCUGUCUUAGUGCUUCUCUACAAGGCCCUACUCACGCUGGGACUGGUCCUGCUGACUGUUUACUUUGUGAUCCAGCCCUACAGCCCUCUGCCACCCGAAGCUCCGCUCUCCAGGGCCCACGCCUGGGGCUCCCUCAUCGGUCACAUCCGGCUGCUCUCUCUGCCCAUUGCCAAGAAGUACAUGCUUGAGAAAUGCCAGGACUGGUGGGCAGCAGGCUGCAGGCAGAACACUUCCACACUUCCUGCCAACUGCACAGUCUGUGCUGCUGUGAAAAGCCUUCAGCUGGUGACAGACUUUGGAGAGCUGUCAGAAAAGCUCCAGAGGUCUCAGCCUUUUCUAAUCAAGACAGGGCAGCACCUUUCCUAUGAGGAACUGAAGCAUUUGCAGUCCCAGGAUCCAGCCCUGGCACAGGUUAUCAUAGAGGAGAGCUCAGCUGAGCUGUGGAGCUGCCCAUUUUUCUUUCCCUGGAACAAAUCUGUGAACAGAACUCAGAUCCUGCAGCAGUUCUUCCCCUCCUCCUCCCUGCUGUCCCUCCCCAAGGCAGUGGCCCUGGAGAGCUGCUUCCUCAUCCAGCAGCCACAGCUGGGGAACAAGAGCUACAGCCUGCACAGCCUCUUCGCCGUGGGCAGUGGGCAGCUCACCCUGACUGCUGUACCUCCAGACAAGUGCAGAGGACACUGUGAGGCCUUCAAGGUGGAGCUGGAAGCUGGAGAUCUGGGUUUUGCCAGCACGGAUCACUGGAGCCUGAGCUUCGUGGCCAGGGGCAGCGAGCCGGCCGUGGUUUGUGACGGAGCUGCCAGCUAAGGCUGCUGGGGCUGGCACCUCACAGCUCUGCCCAGCACCAGAAGACUUCUCAGCUUGGAAGCCAGAGCCUCGAGCUGGGACAAGUUGGGCAGGCAGCUUUGCCAGCCUGCAUGUUUACAGUGUUUCACAGUGACCUUUCCUGACCCUUGAGCUGAUUCUUUGCCUUUCCUCAAAUGUACUUUUGGGAGAAGCUAUUUCUGACCUUCCCUCUGGCCCUCAGGUCAGCCCUGGCUCUGCAGCAGAGGCCUGGUUGGGUUGUUCCAGGAGCAGCAGAGGGAUUGCUCAGGAUGAGAUUCACCUUUGUGUCCUUUGUGGGUUAUGGCACUUCAGAGACUUCCUGGAGGGUUUGGGAGGGGGGAAGG